AUGGUGUUCCCUGUGCAGUGUGCACCAUGUCAACUUGGUUUAAACUUAACAUUCCACACUUACAAUUCCACCUCUAGUUACUCUGACAUCAUCAUUGAGCGUGAGGUCCUGAUGCAGAAGUACAUCCACCUGGUCCAGAUCAUGGAAACAGAGAAGGUGGCGGCCAACCAGCUACGCACUCAGCUAGAGGACCAGGACACAGAGAUCGAGAGGCUCAAAGCAGAGGUACACACACACACAUAGACAGAUUAACUCGCACACUCAUACACACAACACACGUAGCCACACACACAUGCUCACACACAAAAAUACACACACAAAUAAAGGUUUCCAUUAGGCAAGGGGAUCUGGCUGGUGUUUGUUUUGUGUUGAUUGUUGUGUGUUGACUGUUGUGUGUUGACUGUUGACUGUGUUCUUCCAGAUCGUGCUGUUGAACAAGGCCAAGGAGAGGAUGCUGCCUUACCAGACCAACCAGGAGGAGGAAGACCCAGACAUUAAAAAGAUCAAAAAGGUUCAGAGUUUCAUGCGAGGCUGGCUGUGUCGGAGGAAGUGGAAGAUCAUCGUCCAGGACUACAUCUGUUCUCCCCACGCUGAGAACAUGAGGAAGAGGAACCACAUUGUGUUCAACAUGGUGGAGGCAGAGACCGAGUACGUCUGCCAGCUCUCUGUCCUGGUCAACUUCUUCCUCAGGCCCCUACGUAUGGCUGCCAGCUCCAAGAAACCUCCCAUCAGCCACGACGACGUCAGCAGCAUCUUCCUCAAUAGGUAACACACAGUCUGGACCCCUCCAGAACCAGUCCAUAGCCCCUACACCCUAUACACUUGUGUUGAUCUGAAAGGAUUGAAUAGUUCUAAGCAAUAUCUUCUUCUUCUUUGUGUCCCCAGUGAGACCAUCAUGUUCCUCCAUGAGAUCUUCCACCAGGGCUUGAAGGCUCGGAUAGCCAACUGGCCUACGCUGGUGCUAGGUGAGUGAUCAAUGAUUGAGUGAGCUGGGUGAGAUAUGAGGCAUCUAUGUUGGGUCAAAUCUACUCUAGCUAACCUCUACCAUUGUCCUUGUGUGGAAUGUCUAGUGAACUAAUGUGUUUUAUGUGUCUGUCUCUCUAGCGGACCUGUUUGACAUCCUGCUGCCCAUGCUGAACAUCUACCAGGAGUUUGUGAGGAACCACCAGUACAGCCUGCAGGUUCUGGCCAACUGUAAACAGAACAGGGACUUUGACAAGCUGCUGAAGCAGUAUGAGGCGAACGCUGCCUGUGAGGGACGCAUGCUGGAGACCUUCCUCACAUACCCAAUGUUCCAGGUAACACGCGCACACUCACACACACGUGCGUCCAGACCUCAAUAACCUCCAACCUUUAACCCCUCCUCUCCCACAUCUAGUAUAUGGCCCAGAUCUGACUGACUGACAGACACCUCUCCAUUGUGUUUCAGAUUCCUCGUUACAUCAUCACUCUCCAUGAGCUGCUGGCACAUACACCUCAUGAGCACGUGGAGCGCAAGAGCCUGGAGUUUGCCAAGUCCAAACUAGAGGAGCUGUCAAAGUGAGGAUAAUGGAGCUGUAGUUAACAGUGGUUGUGUAGUAGAUCAUGUAGUUAACAAUGGUUGUGUAGUGGAUAAUGUAGCUAACGGUGAUUGUGUUGUCAGGAUGAUGCAUGAUGAGGUGAGCGAUACAGAGAACAUUCGUAAGAAUCUGGCCAUCGAGAGAAUGAUCGUAGAAGGCUGUGACAUAUUACUGGAUACCAGCCAGACCUUUGUCAGACAGGGUGAGUACACACCCACACAUACAAAUGCACUCACACAUACACACACACACCAACCAGAAUCCAGAACAUUAUAAGAUGGUUACCGGUAACUGUCAUCAGUAGUACAGUAUGUGUAACCUAUGUUUUUAGUUUUUUCCCCCUCCCACCAAACACACACACACUCUCUGUCUUUACCCAUCAGGCUCUCUGAUCCAGCUCCCAUCCAGCAGUGAACGGGGCAUGCUCAGUAAGGUCCGUCUGGGCUCUCUGUCCCUCAGGAAGGAAGGAGAACGACAGUGCUUCCUGUUUACAAAACACUUUCUU